UGAUAAUGUUUGAUUUUCAGUAAGCGGAAGAACAGGUGGUGGUGGAGGCGGUGGUGCGCCUCUUUACGGUCGUCUAGUAGCUGAGGAGCCAUUACCUCCCACAGUAUGUGGGGGUACCGGUACCGGUGGCGGUACUGGUGGGGUCCCACAAGAAACCCCCGCGGAUAUACACGCCAUGCAAGCCAGGAUACCUCAUAGAUUUCGUGAUCCAGCCACAGCACCUCUUAGGAAACUUAGUGUAGAUCUCAUCAAAACUUACAAGCACAUCAACGAGGUUUAUUAUGCUAAGAAAAAAAGGAGGGCGCAACAGAUGCAAGGAGAAGAUGGUUCCCAUAAAAAAGAAAGAAAAUUGUAUAACGAUGGUUGGGAUGAUGAUAAUCAUGAUUAUAUUAUCAAGAAUGGGGAAAAGUUCCUCGAUCGUUAUGAGAUCGAUUCGCUAAUAGGUAAAGGUAGUUUUGGCCAAGUAGUAAAAGCGUUUGAUCAUGAAGAACAAACGCAAGUGGCAAUAAAAAUUAUCAAGAACAAAAAACCUUUUCUAAAUCAAGCGCAAAUCGAAGUGAGGCUAUUAGAAAUGAUGAACAGGGCGGAUACCGACAACAAAUAUUAUAUAGUUAAACUAAAAAGGCAUUUUAUGUGGCGAAAUCAUUUAUGUCUAGUAUUCGAACUGUUAUCAUAUAAUCUGUACGAUCUACUUAGAAAUACAAAUUUUCGAGGAGUGUCAUUGAAUUUAACAAGGAAGUUUGCACAGCAACUGUGUACUGCCCUUUUGUUCCUGUCUACACCGGAAUUGAACAUCAUUCACUGUGAUCUGAAACCUGAAAACAUACUUUUGUGCAAUCCCAAACGAAGUGCGAUAAAAAUAGUAGAUUUUGGUAGUUCGUGUCAACUUGGACAAAGAAUAUAUCAGUAUAUUCAAUCCAGGUUUUAUCGAUCUCCUGAAGUCUUAUUAGGAAUACCUUAUGAUCUUGCGAUAGACAUGUGGAGUCUAGGAUGUAUUUUAGUUGAAAUGCAUACAGGAGAACCUUUAUUCAGUGGGGCCAACGAGGUCGAUCAAAUGAAUAAAAUCGUAGAAGUAUUAGGAAUGCCACCGAAACAUAUAUUGGACCAAGCGCACAAGGCGCGGAAAUACUUUGACAAAGUCCCCACGGAUGGCUCGUAUGUGCUGAAAAAGUCAAAGGAUGGUAAAAAGUACAAACCUCCUGGUACGAGACGCUUACAUGAUAUCUUAGGUGUCGAAAACGGAGGCCCUGGUGGUAGAAGGAUAGGUGAACCUGGUCAUUCAAUUUCUGAUUACCUCAAAUUUAAAGACUUGAUUCUGCGAAUGCUGGAUUUUGAUCCGAAAACAAGAGUGACGCCAUAUUAUGCACUUCAGCACAAUUUCUUUAAGCGAACAGCCGAUGAGGGGACCAACACGAAUAUUGCUGCUGCCAAUAGUGCUAACACGAGCCCAGCAGUAGUAUCGAUGAGCCAAGAUCAUGGACUGGUAACCAUGUCAGGACAGGGAAGUAACAACAGUGGCAAUCCGAUGCAAAUAUCAAGUCUCCCUGGUGGCUAUCAGCCUAUGGAGUGCGAUUCAUCGCCUCGUCAUUUAGGGAAUCGACGUGUCAUAACAACAAACUAUCCGUCAACUUCGGCCACUGGGGUGUCUGCAUCCGGGCCGAUGUCCAUGCAAUCUGUAGACAGUUCCCUGAUACAAAGCUCUCUUGGAUCGUAUAAUAGCCUAAUUCUCCCUGGUAUAUCCCAUCUGCCUGCGAUGAUGACCUCACCAAUGAUUCAGCAGCAGAACUUUUACAAUUAUAGUUAUUCAACGACUGAUACGCACGGAAUAGUCAGACAAUCGUCGACAGUCUCAACCGGUAAACAAAGAGAUCCGGAAAGAGAAGAUAGUCCUAUGGUUGGAGUAUGCGUCCAGCAGAGUCCAGUUGCUAUUCACUGAAACGAAAAGAAAUAAAAAGAACUGCGACGACAAUAUGUAUUGUCGUCACGAUAGCGGUAUCGUCAAAAAUAUAUAUUAGGUGAUUAUAUAUACUGUAUAUACAAAGUUCAUGAUGAUACCACAAAACCUGUUGUACUGUUUAUGAAAAGAAAAAAAAAGGAGGGAAAUGAGAACAGGAAAUAG